AGUACGACGCCGUCCAAAGCAACAAGAAGCCCACUUGAGCUCUCCCUGUGUUCCGAAGAAAUUGGAUUCUGCAGAAAAAAUUCUCUUUUCAAAAGGAAAGAAAGGAAAGGGUUGUUUGGAUGCUGAGAAAAUAAAUGGGGCUUUUCUUGGAGAUGGGUUGAAGGAAGAAAGAAAGAAAGAAAUAAAGAAGAAUGAAUAUGAAGCCCCUAUUCGAAGGAGGAAGGAUCUGCGAGGAAUUCACAGCCGGGUAUUAUGGCAUUUGCGCCCUUGGAGGAAUGCUCAGUGCUGGAACCACCCAUCUCGCUAUCACUCCCCUCGAUGUUCUCAAAGUUCAUAUGCAGGUGAACCCUGUUAAGUAUAAUAGCAUUUCCACAUGCUUUACAACUCUAUUGAGGGAACAAGGCCCUUCUGCCUUUUGGAGAGGUAGGGGUGGCAAGUUCUUUGGAUAUGGCAUUCAGGGUGCCUGUAGAUUUGGGCUGUAUGAAUACUUCAAGAAGGUUUACUCCAAUGUCCUGGUAGACCAGAACAGGAGUUUCAUCUUUUUUGUUAGUAGUGCAUCUGCAGAAGUGAUUGCCAAUGUGGCUCUUUGUCCUUUUGAGGCCAUCAAAGUACGUGUUCAAGCACAGCCCCACUUCGCAAAGGGCUUAAUUGAUGGCGUUCCGAAGCUAUAUGCGACAGAAGGCCUCCGUGGUUUUUACAAGGGCCUAGUUCCACUUUGGGGUCGUAACCUUCCAUUCUCUAUGGUUAUGUUUUCAACGUUUGAGCAUUCUGUAAAUUUUCUGUACCGUAAUGUACUUCAAAGAAGGAAGGAAGAUUGCUCAAGAGCUCAACAGCUUGGAGUGACGUGUUUAGCUGGCUAUGCUGCUGGAUCUGUUGGUAGUAUUAUUUCUAAUCCUGCCGACAACAUCGUUGCCUCUCUGUAUAACAAAAAAGCUAAUAGCCUCAAGCUGGCUGUGAAGAAAAUUGGGUUUAUCAACCUAUUUACAAGAAGUCUUCCAAUCAGGAUAAUGCUUGUUGGACCUGUAGUGACAUUGCAAUGGUUGUUCUAUGAUUCCAUUAAGGUGUUAAGUGGAUUGCCAACUAGUGGAGAUGUUCGCACUGAUAUAGAAGAAACUAGAACAUCUUAAGCUCAUUGAAACAAAUGGAGAUCGACAGAACUUUCAGAAGGCCAAAAUAUGCCACAGCUUGGCUAUGGUGGAGGAUCUUGUGGCUGCAGAUUCGCUGAAUUUUUUUUUUUUUUGAGUGUAUGUGCAGCAGCCAGCAAAUUUUGUUAUUAGUAUUGGACUAAUCCAACUCUUUCUUGUGAGCAAGCUAUUGCGAGAACUAACUUCUACACUGAUAAACCUGUUUCCAAGACUGCAUUCUUUUAUCCUGCAAUGUGUAUAAUACAUAUAGUUUUUAAUGUUCUGCA